ACAGAAAAUAGCCUGAUUCGCUCUGCAUUUCAGUGCUCUCAUAGAGUUUUCGAUCACUCUUGCAUUUCGGGCCCAAAUAAUGAACUCUACCCCGUAGAUGUCAGCCUACAGGACUCGCUCACGUACGUUUGACAUAUUUCUAAAUAUCGUUUGAAUGCAAGUCGUUUACUAGCCCUAACGUUAUUUAACGUUAACAACAACCGCGCUAACGUAAACUGUAAAACUGUUUUAACACAAAAACUACUGGUUUCCUUUAAAAAACGAUAUAUUGAAUAUCUCCUCGACGCUGUCGACAUCCGGAGGAAGAUUUCAAUACUCGAUAGUUUCCGCAAAAGUUGUGCUGAGCGGCGGGGUUAUCGGGUGAAAGAAUGCACAAUGCGGUGAGUGUCUCAGCCUCUCUGGGGUCCAUGGGACUAUUGCGUCUCUUCGGGGUGUCCUGGUCCUGGAGUCUAGCAGCAGGCCUUGGAAUUUAUCUGGGCACGAGAAGCUGGAAAUACUUCUACAUUGCAGCACGCACCGCCAAGAGAGACAUCAUUGGCCUGUAUGUGCUGUUGAGAGUGAAGAUGGCUUUAUGGCGCUACAUGCGCAAUGGAAGUAACAUUCCUUCCAUAUUCGCCCAGACAGUAAAACGGCACCCAAAUAAACCAGCACUGAUCUAUGAGGCCACAGGGGAAACAUGGACGUUCAGCCAGCUGGACGAGUUGUCUAAUGCAGUGGCCCACUGGGCAAGAGGUCAGGGUUGGGUCUCAGGGGAUGUGGUGGCCCUCUUCAUGGAAAGCAGGCCGUUACAGGUGGCGCUUUGGCUGGGCUUGGCCAAAGUUGGGGUGGAAGCUGCACUCAUCAACUUCAACCUCCGCCAUGAUUCCCUCCUGCACUGUAUCGGGGUGUCAGGGUCACGGGCUAUUGUGUUCGGAGCUGAGCUUGCUGAUGCCAUGCUGGAGAUCAGUUCCUCCAUCAGCCAGUCCAUGGUACGGUUUAGUACAGGAGGAGACCUCAGUGCAGAACAUCAGGCCCGACUGGGUGCUCAACCUCUGGACCCAAUUUUAGCCUCUUCGCCUAGACAUCCCCCUUCACCUUGUGUUCCCCCCAAAGGCAUGAACGACCGUCUGUUUUAUAUUUACACAUCUGGCACCACAGGAAUGCCCAAGGCUGCCAUCGUGGUACACAGUCGUUACUACAGAAUUGCUGCUUUUGGGUAUUUUGCCUUUCGCAUGAGCCCCAUCGACAUCAUCUAUGACUGCCUGCCCCUCUAUCACUCAGCAGGUAAUAUCAUGGGAGUCGGUCAGUGUCUGAUCCAUGGCCUCACUGUGGUAGUGAAGAAGAAAUUCUCUGCCAGCCGCUUCUGGGAAGACUGCAUUAAGUACAACUGCACUGUGGUGCAGUAUAUCGGGGAAAUCUGCCGCUACCUGCUGUCUCAGCCAGUACGCCCUUCAGAAAAAGAGCACAAAGUUCGGCUGGCAGUGGGGAAUGGGUUACGCCCCAGUGUGUGGGAGGCCUUCACAGAGCGUUUUGGGGUGGCGCAGAUUGGCGAGUUCUAUGGAGCAACUGAGUGCAACUGCAGCAUUGCCAACAUGGAUGGCAAGGUGGGAGCCUGUGGAUUCAACAGUCGCAUUCUCCCCAACGUGUACCCAAUCCGUCUGGUGAUGGUGGACGAGGACAGCAUGGAGCUGGUUCGUGACAGCCGGGGGCUCUGUGUGCCUUGCCGCCCUGGAGAGCCAGGGCUUCUGGUGGGCCGUAUCAACCAACAGGACCCUUUACGGCGUUUCGAUGGCUACGCUAACCAGGAUGCUACAAGGAAGAAAAUAGCUAACAAUGUGUUCAAGAAAAAUGAUUCUGCGUAUUUAUCAGGUGACGUGCUGGUGAUGGAUGAAAUGGGCUACAUGUACUUCCGUGACCGCGGCGGAGACACGUUCCGCUGGCGAGGAGAAAAUGUCUCCACCACCGAGGUGGAGGGCGUACUCAGCAGUCUUCUGGGUCAGACUGAUGUGGCUGUGUAUGGCGUGGCAGUGCCAGGUGUGGAAGGUAAGGCAGGCAUGGCUGCCAUUGCAGACACUACAGGGAGUUUUGACUGCAAAGGUUUCUUGCAGAAAGUCCAGCACGCUCUUCCCUCUUAUGCUCGCCCCGUGUUUCUGCGAAUCUCCCCACAUGUGGACACCACAGGUACAUUUAAAAUCCAGAAAACCAGGCUGCAGAGUGAGGGAUAUGACCCACGUCUCACCACUGACCAGAUAUACUUUUUGAACACUAGAGCUGCGUCGUAUGAGGCUGUAGACGAGGAGCUAUACAAUGCCAUAGCGGAGGGAAGAAUGUCUCUAUGACAUGGAGGCCAUAGCAGGGCAGUCAUUGUGCCUCAGUUAAAGAGAUGCUGUAGAGAGAGGAUAACAUAUGCUGGUGUCGGGAUCAGUCAGUCUUGGUGCACCACAUGCCAGGAUUUUAACCUUUCAGGGAACAGUUGAGAGGACUACUUAAAUAGACAGAGUAUUGUUACAUAUGAUGUUUUAACACUGUAUGAGUAACGCACCAGGACAUAAUGUGAGGGCAUUUUUUUUUACCCUUUUAAUAACUUGUUUUUAAUUAUUAAAUGAACACCUCAAAAAGCCUUUGAGCAUCACCGCACACAGAGUGGGAAUCUCCCACAACCCAUUUGAAAUGGAAUACAUGUUACAAUAAUGUGGUCAGGAUCAAGUCAAAUUUUGUUACAGGGUAGAUUCCAAUUAAUGAAAUAUGCUGCAAGAAUAUAUUUUAGGUUUAAGCAAUACUUGAGUGUGAAGCUAUGAAGUUACUGGCGUGUGUUAUGAGCCUGAAAGAACACACUUCAACAUGAUUACUAAAAACACUAACCAUAGUUUUAUUUUUUUUAUUUUUUUUAAUGCAAUGGAAAACUAAUCUCACUUGUCAUAUUUGAGCCUCUGAACAACACUUGCACAGGUUUGCAAUUACACAAAAAGUUGGUAACUGUAUGUGCCUUAUAUGAAACAUCAGAUAGUGUUUCAAUUUGUAGUGCUUUUCUUGGAAAGGAGCUCAAAAUAUUGUGAAUAUCACAGUAGUGAUUUUGUGUCAUGCAAAGCUGAGUCACACAGGUGACUCAUUUUAUGUAACACAUCUUAUCAGUGUAAUAUAUGGGUAUUAAGGCUAUUUACAAUUUCCAAUCUUCCAGAGUACAGUUUCUGUUGUAACUCAAAUUAAAUAUUUUAAAAGCUA